GAUGCAUCGCAUCGCACCGCAUUAAUUAGUUUGGUACCGCCCAAUUUUAGCUUUCUUCUUCACCCUUCCUUCGGCUUCUUUCUUCUACAUUACUCUUUCAUUUCAUUUUUAAACAGCUUCUCGUACUUCUUUCAUCUUCGUCUCCUACUCGUGUGACGUGACGAAAUUUUCCUUCCAACAGAAAUGGCGAGUUCAAGUAGAGCACUUGUCUGCACUGUUCCUCGCAUUCUCGGCUACAUUCGAACGUCGGUUUCCGUAAAUCAAAAUUUCCAACGGCCUGUCUUGGCUUCCUUCCAACGAUUUUACUCCUCAACUGAAAGCAAAUCUCUGGAUAUCGAUCUCUCCAAUGAAGAAAGUAAAAGGCGCUUGUAUAACAGGAUGUUAUAUCGGAGUAAACAAAGGGGUUUUCUUGAACUAGACUUGGUUUUGGGGAAAUGGGUGGAAGACCACAUAACCUCAAUGGAUGAAAAUGGAAUCAGAUCGCUUCAUCAUAUUCUUGACUUGGAAAAUCCAGACUUAUGGAGAUGGCUGACAAGCCAAGAGCAACCCCCUGAGGCAGUGGCCAGAAAUCAUGUAUUUGUGUCGAUGCGUGAAAGGGUUAGUACGAAUCUGGAGAAGCACACAACUCCUGAAACCCGAGCAACGCCUGGGCAGCCAUGGGUUAGGGGUUGGGACGACUUCAAGAAGGGUCGAGACAGCCCCAUUACCGGGAAUCAGUAGAGCCGCUAUAUAUAUAUAUAUAUAUAUAUAUAUAUAUGCAAAUUUAAAAGGAAUAUGUAUUUUAUGUUUUAGCUAGCCCCUUUUCGAGGGAUAUGAUAUGAUAUAAUAUGAGAUGAAUAAAAGGAGUCAGAGUCAGUCAGUCGCACGAUGAAACUCCAGUGAGCCCUUUGUGAAGAUGAUGCAUUGCAUUGCAUUUGAUGUGUACUAAAUAAAAAAAUAAGACCAUUCGAUUAGUAAUAACAACAUAGGGGAUUCCCUGUAACUCAUAUCAUUGAAUCUUACAUCUUUAUUGUCAAGACAUUUAUUUAUAAGACAUACGAUUUUGUGUAAUACAGUAUAGUAUUUUAUUGUA